AAUGCGCUUUGAAAAAACCAGGGAAAGCAGUAAAUGAAGAUUCCAGCUACAGCGAACUGCUGUGUGUUGGUGGAUACAGAAAUUUUUAGUGACUAAUUUUUGGAUUGGAAGAUUUCCCAGUGCAGUCUGUCAUAUUGACGAUGGUGGUGAAAGUCUACAUAUCAGGAAUUUCUGGUAAUAAGGAGGUGAAAAAACGCCAACAGAGGGUUCAAAUGAUACUGGACAGCAAAAGUAUAGAAUAUGUAACUGUGGAUAUAACAGAACCGGGAAAUGAAAAUGAAAAAGAAUUUAUGCAGCAAAACGGCAAGGCAAGAUCGUCUAAAUACCCACUGCCGCCUCAAUUAUUCAACGAAGAAGAGUAUUGUGGUGAUUACGAAGACUUUGACAUGGCAAAUGAAAUCGAUGAAUUGGAGAAGUUUCUGAAGAUGACACCAGCAGUUUCCAAAGCGGAAAUAAAUUUAGAAAAAUCAGAGAUUUCAGCAGACGAAAACGUUGUUGAAAAUGGUGAACUGAACGGGAAUACAACCAGCCGAGAGAACUCGUCAGAGAAAAAUGAAGAUAAGGAGGCAGCUGGAAGUGCAGCAGAUGAAAGGCGAGAAGAAAAGACUGAGGAAGCAGGUGACCAGCAAAAUGAGGAAGAAUAAGUGAACAUGUUAAAGCUGCAGCACUGCCAAAGUUUGUCUUAAAAAGGCCUAAAUCUGUCACCAAAUUUCAUAUCUGAGAGCAGUGAGCAAAUUUGACUAAUCAGAGGUAUUGAUGCUGCAUCUUUUAAACUGGCAGUUUGUCAUAAAUUGCUUUCAUUUGCUUUCGGACAAUAGAUAAAGAAGAAGAAUAAUAAUACUAAGGUAGAAACUGAUACAGAUUUUCAGUUAGAUGGAUUCAUCGAACAACAUGUCAUGUAAUUUUUUUUACACUUUGUAUUAUUUAUUUUAAGAGGCUUAUUAUAGCAGUUUUACUUUUGUAUGAUACAGUAAUAUUUAUCUGUAUGUGAUUUGUACAGUACUGGUGCUGGAAAAAUAUGAACAAAGCAAUAGAUUAUAUAUUUUUUCAUGUCCUGUUGAUUAGGUACAUCUCCGUUGACAUUUCACGUUUGCUCUCUUUCUUCGACUGCUCUCUCUAUUUUGAAGAAAAAAUAUAUUUAUAUGUGGUCUGAGUGGUGCAGAAAUGGCUACAUAAUCAUGUAAAUGACAUGUUAUUCAGAAAUCUUAAUCUUCAGUGCACAUAGAUUUUUCAUAUAGACAUUGAAGACAUAGUUAUUUUGACCACGGAUUUAUUGUUUUUAGUUUUAUUUUAGCCUGUAAUUGGUCACACUUAUCUGUCUAAUGAGAAAGACUUCAGAACAGGAAAUACCUGAAGCAUCCCUUAAUUGGAGAGCUUCAUGGUAUGUUGCACUAAUUGUGCCAAGUGUUCACACUGCGGAAAGUAUGAGUCAUGCUCCACAUGAGAUAGCAUCACAUCCUCUUCUGCAGGUUGCUGCCAUAAGCUGAAAAUCUGGUUUUAUUUCUUAUUAACAAAUAUACAUUCAGCUAUUUCACAACAAUGAAUAUCUUCAGUAACAAGAUUGCUGAACUUUAUUUUAUUGUGACAGUAUAUGUUUGAGACUAGCUGUUUCCAGUUGUUUGUUGUUGAUAAGUUUGGACCUCGCACCCUUAUGCAAAAUUAAUUAUGUGUGAUGGUUAUGCUACAGAGCAACUCCAAUACCUCUUACAUUUUAACUUGUCUAUGUAUCUAAUAUUCUUAUUACAUUCGCUCAUAUACAAACACAGUUCCACAUGAUGUCCUUAGUACAUGAUAUGUGAAUCACAUUGUAAUAUUUAUAAAAGAAUCAAUGUAUCUUGAUAUUUGCAUUAUACUGAGACAUUUACAAUGACAGUUUGUCUUAAUAAUGCUUAAUGAGUAUAAUGGUGAUAUGUGUUCCCAUGAUUAUAUAAAUAUAUAUAUACCCAGAUACAUUUUGAAGCUCUGUAUUAAAUAAUAAAGAUUUUUUUUUU